CACAGGACAACGCACCGCACCACGCGCAUUGCUUUCCUAGCCGUCCUAAACUAACGCCGUCGCCUCACCUGUCGCCCACCACCGUACAAAGCUUGCUCGUCUCCCUCUCUGCCUUCCCACAUACGAACACCCCAACCGCCUCAUUACCCCUACAAUACCACCAAGAUGACUGCGCAAUCACCUCAGCUGCAUUCGCCGAGCUCGCAUCCUGAGCGACCUAAGGGUAUCCUCAAGAAUUCCAACUCGUACCGCUCCGACUCACAAACCUCCCCCACGAGCGAGCUCCCACCAGCCGUAAGCCCAGUAGCCGAGCGGCCGCAGCUGGGUCGCGAAAAGUCAGAGAAGGACAUCGUGCUGGAAAACACACUGCGCAAUGCCGGCGCCCACCGGAGAUCCUCAUCAAACCCGCGCGGCAUGGGUUCACGGCGCCAAUCGGGCAUUGACCCCGCGGAUGAGAAUAGUCCGCAGCUCAAGUGGGACGAGGCCAACCUUUACCUGAACGAGCAGAACCGCGAUAGCACCAUGAAGAUCGAUGAACCCAAGACACCAUACGCCAAGCAGUACGACCCCACAGAGGACGAGGACGAGGUAGAGAUGCUGAAUGCCGAAGAGCUCAAGGUGGACGAGCUUGAUAAGCCAAAACGAAAGCCUAAGAUUGACGACAUACCCGAGUUUGACUUAGGACAGCCAGAGCUGCAAGCGCGCCACUCUCAGACCCCGGAGAGCGAGAAGAGGGUUAUGGUUGAAGAGGGUAUGGACACAGAUGAAGGCUACCAUGGCGAGCUUCUCCCCAAUGCCUCGCAGGAAGAGAGGGAGAAGCAUCGCAAAUUCGAGGAGCUACGUAAGAAGCACUACGAGAUGAAGAACGUCAAGGAUCUGCUCGGCCACCCAGAAGACGACGAGGACGAAGAGAUGCCGACACGGUCCAAUGGUCAAUAGGUAUACGUUACCUGCUCUGACCUUCCUCAGCUUGUUUCUACGUACAGUAGUGGUUGCUAAGGUUGUUUUAAGAAGGAUGAACUAGUGCCGCCCAGCGGUCUUGCACGAAUUGAUUUUGGCGGCAUCAAGGUGGAGUUAUCGGAUUUACGGCGCCAU